GAAUCAAUCAUCGGAUAGCCCUCCUCCUGUUUCCUACGCCUUCAUAGAUUGCAUAAAGGAAACAUCGAAAGAAAUCCCAAAUCCUUCGAACAAAUUUCAGCUACGCCCAAAUAUCAAGCUUAAUCUAUCGCUGUCACUCCUCAAUUGAGGAUGGAUCGGUGUGGCCGUGUACGGGCGCCUCGAAGACGCCCGGAGCUGCGAUGCCUAUUAUCCCUUGCAAUUGAACCUAUUGUUGGGUCUGGGAUGGCGCAAGCUACAAGGUGUACCAUGCCAUGAACUAGCCAACAUUAAACGUCAAUCCCCAAGGAAGAUUUAGAAAGUAUAUCUUUUUGUUGUUCAUAAUUAUCCACAGUGUCAUAUAUGGUUAAUUGAGGAUAUGUUGACUUAUAUCUAUUUUGGCCUAAUUGGCCUCGUUCUAUUCUGGUCAUUUCAAACAUGGUCCUCACUGCAGCGCAAUAUUGCGGCUGCGAAAGCAUCUGGUCUUCCAUACCGCAUAACCCUCAUAAGCGGUAUUCCUGGUUUUUUCUGGACUGCAACACACCGUCUCUUCCUUGAACCACUCCACGCUUACAAGCCCUCACGAAAAUGGUUGUGGCCAAAACUACUCCGUGUCCAUAGAAGCUGGUUUUAUGCCCAGGAAUUGAGGGAAAGUUUGGGGGAAGUCUAUCUCAUUGUCAGUCCUAGCCAGAUUUACAUGAGUUCCAGCAAUGCGGAAGCCAACAACCAGUUGACCGGUCGUCGUCUUGACUUCGUGAAGCCAGUGGAGAUCUACGUUAUCGUCGAUAUCUUUGGUCCCAGCAUUCUUACCACUGAAGGAGAGGAGUGGAAAAGACAUCGCAAAAUUGUUGCACCGGCAUUUUCAGAGAGAAGUAAUGCUUUAGUCUGGAAGGAAAGCUUGAGACAAACGAACGGAAUGCUGAACAUUUGGUCAAAACUGGAUGGGAAUGAAUCUAAUAGCAUGAAAGUCAAUGACACAGCUCCUUACACGGCGACAAUGGCAUUGCACGUCAUCUGCGCAGCUGGAUUUGGAGUGCGUCAAUUGUGGGAUGGAGAGGAUGAAGCCCAAUUAGGGAACAAAGUCGUACCAGGAUUCAACACGGCAGAAUUGCUACGCAGCCAUACCAUGACAUUCAAGGACUCUUUGAACACGAUGCUACAUGGGAUAUUGUGGUUGGUAAUUUUCCCUGUUAGUUUGCUAAAGAAAUCCCCCUUCGAGCUUCAUAAAAAACUUGGUCAGGCAUAUUUUGAAUGCAAAGACUAUUUCACCGAAUUGUCGGAAUACAAAUUGCGGCAGAUCGAACGCGGGGAGACGGAUGAGGGGUCAAUGGAUAUAAUGGGACCACUAGUGCAAGCGGCGGAGAAGACCAAAGAAGAUUCUAAUGGCCUGUAUCUCACAAAACAAGAGGUCAUAUCCGAUUCAUGGAUUGCACUUUUCGCCGGCCACGAGACCUCGGCCAAUGUCACUCAUUAUUGUCUCCUCUUUCUCGCGACCGAGCUUGACAAACAAGUGCAAUUACAGAAAGAUCUAGACUUUGUGAUCGGCUCUCGACCUUCAUUAGAAUGGACCUACGAAACAGACCUCAACCGCAUCUGGCACAGCAUGGUAGGCGCUACUAUCAACGAAACUCUCCGUGUCAUGCCACCCGUAAUCGACGUUCCAAAGAUAGUCCGAGGUGUACCACAACCUCUUACGUUUGGAGGAAAGAAGUACACUGUUCCAGCUGAUACGAUAAUCCAUAUCAGCUGUCUGGGCGCACAGCGCAAUCCCCGUUAUUGGCCUCACGCCCCCAGCAAACUCUCGACUAAGUCUCAUGAUUUAGACGACUGGGUACCUGAACGAUGGCUUCAGUCAUCCGGUAUCUCCACAGCAACAUCCCAGGAAACUGCAGCCGCCCAAGAAAUCGACGAAAACACAACAUCAUUCGAUACCUCUGGCAACGAAACUCUUCUCGUCCCACCUCGAGGCUCCUUCCUACCAUUCUCUGACGGGGCAAGAGCAUGUCCAGGCAAACGAUUUGCGCAAGUGGAAAUCACAGCUACGCUUGCAACGAUCUUUUCCAAGUAUACUUGUGAGCUGGAUGUUAGUGAAUGGGCUUCUGAUGCUGAAGUGAGAAAGAUGGGGCCAAAGGAGAAGAGGACAGUGUAUGAGAAAGCGAUGAAGAAGGCGAGGGAAACAAUUGCGAAGAGUGAGAGUGAGAUUUUCUUGAAGAUGAGGGGCACGGUACCGGUUAGGUUUGUACAGCGGGGAGGAGGUUUGUUUGACGACGUUUUUGUGUGACUUGAUCUGUGAGCAUCCUUCGCUAUCUGUUCAAUAUCUCAGUGUCUUAUAUGCUUUAAGAGCGUUUAGGUACC